AUGACUGAGCGACAUGAGCCCGAGGUCGUGCUGGUAACCGGUGGCUGCGGUUUCAUUGGCUCGAAUUUUAUAAAUUUCAUCUACAACGACUGGAGAAACGCAAAGUGAGUGUUGACUUACCUUUUGUUUAUUUUAUUGUAAUACGGUCUUCCAUGCAACAAAUUUUUACGACCUGAAGGAUAAAAACAAUAGAGAUCCUUUAGAGCCCUGAUGCUGUAAUUAUAUGCUUCAAAAACAGAUUGAUUCUUUUAGGAUCGUAAACAUUGACAAACUGGCACAUGGCGCCAGUGAAGAAAACAUCGAAUGUCAUGUGCGCAACUCCAGUCGCUACAUCUUUGUAGAAGGCACGAUCCUCAACAUCUCUCUGGUCGCUGAGUUAAUCACCAAGAACAAGGUUGACACCGUCGUGCAUUUCGCCGCCGUUACCCACGUUGACGAGUCCUACAACGAUCGUAUCGGGACGAUUCAGGAGAACAUCAUCGGGACCACAGCUCUGUUAGAGGCCGUCAAAAGUUCGGGCUGUGUGAAGAGAUUUGUUCAUAUUAGUACAGGUGAGUUUUCUGUCGUGUUCUGCGUUCAAUGCCACUCUAUUCGUCCAGUUUAGACGAGAUCUACGGCGACUCCAGAGAAGAUGAGCCUCCAAAGACGGAGGAGUCGUUGCCCAAUCCCACAAAUCCAUAUGCGGCGAGCAAGGCGGCUUGUGAAAACAUUGUAAAUAGCUAUCACGUAAGUAGACUGACCAAAACGGCUUUUGGAAUAAAAGAUUUUCCGGCUCGUCUAAACAGGCUGAAACCCAUCUAAAAAUGAUUCGCGAGUGGUCGAUAAAUGCAAAAAGGAGUAACUCACCAUUUUCAGAGAUCUUACAAACUACCAUAUGUGAUGGUACGCAUGAACAACGUCUACGGCCCUCGACAGGCCUACUCGAAACUUAUUCCAAAGUUCAUCAAACUCGCUUUGGAAGGUAAACCAUAUCCGUUGAUGGGCGACGGAAAGCACACGCGCAGUUGGAUGUUUGUAAAUGAUUGUGCCGAAGCGAUCAAAAGAGUCACUGAACGGGGUACAGUCGGCGAAUGUUACAACAUCGGAAUUGAAUUCGAAAAAAGUAACAUGGAACUUACACAGAUGAUCCAUCGGCUGGUCUUAAAGAAGAUGGUUCGGUGAGUUGUGGGGAGAGUAUAGCCAGGAAAAGAUUGGGCUUGAUUGCAAAGCCAAGUGAAACAAAAAGUGCUUGGGAAUAGAAAAAGAGGAAAAAUUUCGCGAAAACGUCAUCGACACAAAAAUUAGUCAACAUGAUCUCUUUCGACCUUUUCAUGGACCGGAAUAGUUGCGGCAAAGAAAUUCUACGUUUACGGUAACCCUUUGCUAUCAAAAAUCACACAAAGAGCAGGAAUACUUACAUUUUUCCACGUCUAAAUCUAAUUCUUACCCGUUAUAAAAAUGAAAUUUACAAGUUAUAAACACAUAGUUUACCUAUUCGAAACAAAAGUAGAUCAUUAAUCAAAAAUUGACCCCUUCAAAAUUUCAGGGAUCAAACGAAACCCACAUUCGCCCCCAUCCCAGACAGGCCGUACCACGAUCGGAGGUAUAACAUCAACUUCUCCAAGAUCCGGCUAGCGCUAGGAUGGGAAUGCAGAACACCAUUCGAGAUCGGGUUGACACGGACCAUCGAUUAUUAUGUGGACGAGUUCAAGAAACGAAACCGGGCCUAA